CCGAAACAAAGCAUUAAGGAAUAUUAUACUAAUGUUAGCGAGGACAUCGAUUUUGAGAAGUAGACGGUUCGUCUUAUCUCGAUACGCUAAUUUAACUUAUGGCCUCCGAACUAAUGCAACCUCAUCACUGAAAAAACUUCAGAACCUCGAUCCAUCAACCUAUGAUUUCAUUAAACAUGAACUGGGAAAUGAUGUCAAGGCUACGGAAGCUCUUCCAUUCGACAAAAUAAGACAUAGCGAAACCUUUGGCCAGUUGGUUGUGAGUGAACGGUUAAAAGAAUAUAAGCAGCUUAAUGAGGAUCAGAGUGACAAGCAUGUGAGGAUUCAAGAGGAUGAUUUUGAAGAUGAGAUAUCACCAUAUAGAAAUCCUGAUGGAUCUUUAAAACAAGGUGACAACUCAGAGGAAGCAAGGUUACAUCCCUUAACUUUGGAAGGUAGAGUUGAUAGAAAUGUUACUGUUCUACCCACUGAAAUAGCUAAAGUCAUUAACAAAAACAUAUUGAGUACUUCUCGUCCGGAUAAAUUACGUGAAAGAGCCGCUAAUAUAUUUAAGAGUUUAAGUUCGGAUCAGAUUCUAUUAGCCCCAGAGUCGGCCUUAGAUUGUGAUGCCCAUAUAGCUUCUUUAUUUUUGCAAAAUUACUCCCACGCACAUCAUGUUUUAUUAGAAUUACAGAAAAGAGUCGGUAAAGAUAAGUUUAAUCCUCAGAGUGUGUUAGAUAUUGGACAUGGUCCAGCCACUGGCAUGGUUGCUCUUAAUGAAAUAAUGGGAAAUGAAUGGGUUCCAGAAGAAAAAGACGUUUACGUUGUUGGUAGAUCAAAUUAUGAAAUGAAAAAGAGAGCUAAGAUUAUUUUAUCUCGUCAAUUAAACGAAAAUUUAGUAGAAUAUGAAGUACCAGAUGAAAAUGAAGAUAUUGAAGGGAAUAAAAACGAAGGUGUGUCACCAGAGGAGGACGUGUUGGAAAAAGAAAAACCAGAAGUAGACGACUAUGUUGGUCCUGUCGAUGCAAGUAAAAUUCAAAUCAAAACAAAAUUAAGAGACUCAUUACCUGUGUCAAAAAGAUAUGAUUUAAUAAUGGUAAACCAAGCCUUGUUAACAAGGGAAUAUAGUUUUUCGAGAGAUAUCGACACCAAUAUUCAUAUGAUUUUGAAAUUAUUGAAGCCAAACGGUCAUUUAGUAUUAGUUGAAAGAGGUAAUGCCUUGGGGUUUGAAACCAUUGCUAGAGCUAGGCAAGUGAUGAUCAGGCCAGAAUCAUAUCAAAAUGAACGUGGUAAGAUUCCAAGACCUUAUAUUAAAGGUUCAAGUUUAAAACCACAAAAAUUAAAGAAAGAAGAUCAACUCAUUGAUGAUAAUGAUAUCAAAUAUGAAGAAGAACUUUUCAAACAAUUGGAAGAUGAAGAUUUUGAAGAUGAAGAUUUAGAAUUUACCGAAGAUGAGAAAAUUGCAGCUCAAUUCAAGGAAGAGAGCCUGCUGGAUUUCGAAAAGGAAAUCAAUUCAAAAUAUGGCGAAGUUAAGGAAGAAGACUUGAAAUUUGAAUAUGAAGGUGGUGACGAAUAUGAAGUUGUUCCUUUAGAUUUUGAAGAGCCGCCUCUCUCACAAUCUACUCUUAACGCUGAUAGUGUCGAUUAUCAUAUCAGUAUCAUAGCACCAUGUUCACAUCACGGAAAAUGUCCAUUACAAUUGGGAGAUCCUAAGUACUAUAAGAUUUCUUCUCAUAAACAUCGUUUCAACUUCUGUUCCUUUAACAAAACCGUGGAAAGACCAAAAUAUACUAUGGAGUUAAAGAAGGGCCGUAGGCUUGCAACUAAAUGGGACAAGACCGCAGAAGAUGGUUUUGGAUUAGAUAAUCUCCUGAGAAACUCCUUAAAAAAAUUAGGUGGUACUGGUAGACCUGGAUCUAAUAAUACUGAAACGGGUUCAUUUUCCUACUUAAUCGCUCAACGAUCACCAAAUGAUGUCGAAAGUAUAAAAAAUAUCGAAUACGAACGUUCUCAUAAUAGCUCGACUGACAUCGAUGAGCAAGACCCUAAGAAUUGGCCUCGUAUUAUUUCCCAUCCAGGAAAAGUUAAAAAGAACGUCAAAUUAACCGUUAGUGCACCAUCCGGUAAGAUUGAAAUUUGGCAAAUUCCAAAAAGUUUAGGUAAACAGGUUUACCAUGAUGCCAGAAAGCUGGCUAGAGGUGAUUUAUGGCCAUCGCCAUUGGGAAAGAAGGGUGUUAUAGUUAAAAACUCCUUAUCUGAUGAGAAGAAAGAAAAAUUAGAGGCCAUUCUGAAAACUCAAAAGAAGUCCUUUUUAAAGGAACAGCGUAAAAAGGACUGGAAAAAAGUAACCACUGCCGAUUCUACCUAUUUCGAUGAUGAUAUAGUAACUAUGGCAGACUCGAUUGCUUCAAGUCUUGAAAUGACUAAAAAGUAUAAACAACAAGGUAAGAAGGCAAAAUUUGAUGUUGACCUUAAAAAAUACGAAGGAAAGUAGAUAUUUAUUUACUUCUUUCACGUUCUGAUGUUCG